AUGGCUGAAGGUGGCAGAACCUAUGAUUGCGGAAUAUGCGGGAAAAAUUUAAAAAGUAAUUACCGUCUGCAGACUCACACGCGCGUCCAUACGGGAGAAAAGCCGUACGUUUGCAAGGUUUGUUUAAAAUCUUACAACGACAAACGCGGCCUCACGAAGCACGAGCAGGUUCAUACGGGCGAGAAGCCCUACGGAUGCAAAUUUUGUUCCAAGACUUUUUUCCAAAAGAGUCAUCUUGUCACCCACGAGUGGAUCCAUUCUGUCGAGAAGCGUUACAAAUGUCAGUCCUGUUCGAAGACGUUCUCUCGAAAGGACCGUCUUAUUUGUCACGAGUGGACACACGUGGAUGAAACUCCUUUCAGCUGCAGCAUGUGUCCUCGAACUUUCCGCCACAAGGACAGUUACACGAGACACGUACGGGCUCAUACGGAGAAAAAAUCGUACCAAUGUAGAUCGUGUCCGAAAAACUUUGCUCGGAAGGACUGCCUGACUUUGCAUGAACGGAUUCACACAGGUAUAAAGCCAUACAGUUGCGUCGAAUGCUUGCAAACGUUCACCCUGAAACCCCAUCUUACGAGGCACAUGGGCUCCGUGCACGCCCACCACUGCACCAUGUGUUUGCUUAUCUUCGUCAAGAAUAGCGAUCUGAAACAACACGUACGCAACCAGCAUUCCUAG